AUGGUGCGCGUGAAGGCAUAUGAGCUGCGCAACAAGACCUCCAAGGAGCUGCUGAAGGAGUUGGACGACAUGAAGGCUGAGUUGGCCCAGCUGCGCGUCUCGAAGGUGUCGGGCGGCGCUGCUUCCAAGCUGGCAAAGAUCAAGACCGUUCGCAAGGCCAUCGCCAGGAUCUUGACCGUGUACAACCAGAAGCAGAAGGCAGAGGCCAGGAAGCAGUAUGCCGGCAAGAAGUACGUGCCGCUGGAUCUGCGACCGAAGAAGACCCGCAAGAUCCGUCGUGCCCUCAAGAAGGAGCAGAUCUACGCGAAGACCUCCCGCACCAAGACUCGCGAGCAGAACUUCCCCAUGCGCCGCUACGCCGUCAUGAUGUGA